AUGACUGAUUUAUUGAGGUAUCUAUCACCAUGUGAAGCAGCUUGGCGAAUAUUUGCUUUUGACAUCCAUCACAGAUGGCCUCCUGUUCAGAGAUUGACAUUCCAUCUUCCUGGACAACAAUCAACUUUGUUUAAAGAUAAUGAUGAUAUUAAUGUGAUCUGCAACAGGUACGAAAAUGCUAACACAAUGUUUCUAGCUUGGUUUGAGGCUAACAAAGUUUAUACAGAAGGAAAAGAAUUGACUUAUUCUGAAUUUCCAAGCAAAUUUGUGUGGUUUGCUAAAGAAAAAGAAUGGAAACCAAGGAAGAAAGGCUACAACAUUGGUAGACUUACUUAUAUUCCUCCGGGCUCUGGAGAACUUUAUUAUUUGAGGAUAUUACUCACAAUUCAAAAAGGUUGUAUUGAUUAUGAAAGCAUAAAGACCAUUGAUGGGAAAUUUUAUGAAACAUACCAAGAUGCUUGCUAUGCUUUGGGAUUGUUGGCAGACGAUAAAGAAUAUAUUGAUGCAAUCAAGGAAGCAAGUGAAUUUGCUUCGGGGUAUGAACUUAGAAGAUUAUUUGUUACUUUGUUGUCCAUGAAUACAAUUUCUAAACCAGAUACAGUUUGGAAUUCUACAUGGAGUAUCUUGUGUGAUGGAAUUUUGUACCAAAAGAGAAAGGAAAUGAGAUUACCAGGUCUUCAAAUUGAGACGGCUGAAUUACAAAAAAUAUGUCUCAUGGAAAUACAAGAAAUGCUAAUGUCAAAUGGUAGAUGUUUGAAAGAUUAUCCUUCAUUACCUCAACUUGAUAUUUCAGAUGAUAUCAUGACAGCAGUUGUUUCAAACAAGGGAGGAUUCUUCUUUUUAUAUGGCUAUGGUGGUACAGGUAAAACGUUUAUGUGGAAGACAUUGUCAGCUGCUCUAAGAAGUAAGGGCAUGAUUGUUUUGAACGUAGCAUCAAGUGGAAUUGCUUCUUUACUACUUCCUGGUGGAAAAACAGCACACUCUACCUUCUGCAUCCCACUGUUAAUUAAUGAGGAAUCAACUUGCAACAUAGCGCAAGUUGUCUUGGGAGGUGACUUCAGACAAAUUCUACCCGUUAUAAAGAAAGGAUCUAGGUUUGAUAUCAUCAAAUCAGCAAUCAACUAUUCAGAGUUAUGGAAUUGUUGUAAAGUGCUCAAACUGUCCAAGAACAUGAGAUUAAGUACUACAACAGAUAAUCAAACAGCCAAUGAUAUCAAAGAAUUUGCUGAUUGGAUAUUGAAAAUUGGAGAUGGCAAAAUGGAUGUAAAUGAGAAUGGUGAGUGCAUGGUAGAAAUUCCACAAGAGCUGCUUAUUAUAAAUACAGAUGUACCUUUAUUGUCAUUGGUUGAAUUUGUCUAUCCUCAAUUUGUGGUUAACAUGAUGAAUCCAAAUUAUUUUGAUGAUGGAGCAAUCUUGUGCCCAACUAAUGAUUCUGUAGAGCAAGUCAAUGAUUUCAUGUUGUCUUUAUUAGGUGGUGAAGAGGUGACUUAUUUAAGUUCAGAUACACCUUGCCAAUCUGAUGAACAAGAUGAAGUUCAAUCUGAAUGGUUUACAUCUGAAUUUUUAAAUGAUAUCAAAUGUUCAGGGAUACCAAAUCAUAAACUCAAGCUCAAAACAGGUGUGCCAAUUAUGCUCCUGAGAAAUAUUGAUCAAGCAAAAGGUCUUUGCAAUGGCACAAGAUUGCAAGUCAACCAUUUGGGUAAAAAUGUAAUCUCUGCAACUGUAAUUACUGGAAAAAACAUUGGUGACAAGAUUUUUAUUCCAAGAAUGGAUUUAGUGCCAUCUGAUUCAGGAUUGCCUUUCAAAUUCCAAAGAAGACAGUUCCCAAUUUCAUUAUGCUUUGCAAUGACAAUUAACAAAAGUCAAGGACAAACACUUUCUAGAGUGGGACUUUAUCUUCCACAACCUGUAUUCACACAUGGCCAACUAUAUGUUGCUAUUUCUAGAGUGAAAACCAAGCGAGGAUUGAAAAUACUUAUAUUGGAUGAAAAUGGAAAUAUCACAAACACAACGAAAAAUGUUGUCUACAAAGAAAUUUUUGAAACUCUUUGA